AUUUCGACGACCUUCAUAUGACAUUGGUUACAUUUAUUGGGGUUGUCAAGCGGUGGUUUUUUUCUGAAAUUGUUGUAACAUCUAACUUGAACAUGUCUUUAAAUAAACUUUCAAUCGAUGCUCUUGACUUAACGAACAAGCGAGUGUUUAUAAGGGUGGAUUUCAACGUACCUUUAAAGGAAGGGAAAAUCACGAAUAACCAACGCAUUGUCGCGGCUUUGGAUAGCAUUAAAUACGCCUUAGAUAAAAAUGCCAAAAGUGUGGUAUUGUCUUCACAUUUGGGACGUCCUGACGGAAACCCAAACCCCAAAUAUACCCUUAAACCAGUCGCUGAUGAACUUCAAAAGCUUCUAAACAGAGACAUAAUAUUUUUGCCAGAUUGUGUGGGUCCUGAGGUGGAAAAAGCCUGCCUCGAUCCCAAGCAAGGUUCCAUAAUUCUGCUCGAAAACUUAAGAUUCCAUGUUGAGGAGGAAGGAAAAGGAGUCGACGCUUCUGGAAACAAAGUCAAAGCGGAUCCAGCGAAAGUCAAGGAGUUCCGCGAAAGUUUGCGGAAAUUGGCCGACCUUUAUGUAAACGACGCGUUCGGCACCGCCCAUCGGGCGCAUUCCUCCAUGCUCGGAGAGGGGUACGAUCAACGUGCCUCCGGCUUUUUGCUCAAAAAGGAGCUGCAGUACUUCGCUAAGGCUUUGGACAAUCCGGAAAGACCGUUCUUGGCGAUCUUGGGGGGUGCCAAAGUGGCAGACAAGAUUCAGCUAAUCGAUAACCUAUUGGACAAGGUUAACGAGAUGAUCAUCGGCGGAGGCAUGGCUUACACCUUCCUGAAGGAACUGAAUGGCAUGAAGAUCGGUACUUCGUUAUAUGACGCAGAAGGCGCUAAAAUCGUCGGCAAGCUCGUCGAGAAAGCAAAGAAGAAUAAUGUUCAGAUCCAUCUGCCGGUAGAUUUCGUCACUGCGGAGAAGUUCGACGAGAACGCGCAAUCCAGUUGCGCGACCGUCGAAGCCGGUAUUCCCGACGGAUGGAUGGGAUUGGACGUCGGACAAAAAACCGUCGAAUUGUUCAAAGAGCCGAUAAGAAGGGCCAAAGUUAUUGUCUGGAACGGACCAGCCGGAGUCUUCGAAUGGGCGAAAUUCGCAAACGGUACCAAAGCGAUAAUGGACGAAGUGGUCGAAGCGACGAAAAAGGGUACCAUAACCAUUAUCGGUGGGGGUGACACUGCUACGUGCGCAGCCAAAUGGGGUACCGAAGACAAGGUGUCCCACGUGUCGACCGGAGGCGGCGCUAGUUUGGAACUGCUGGAAGGAAAAGUACUGCCUGGGGUCGCUGCGCUGUCAGACGCUUAAAAAAUGAUCGGUCGUAGUGUGUUAUAAAUAUUUUUCCAGUCUAGACAGACGAAAGGUAUUAUUUAAAACAUAUAUUUAAUGUUGUAUGAAUGCGGAAGUGUAAUAUAAACCAAUUUCUGUAGUUUCCUUUCGUAUUUUUGAAAAGCGUUUUUUCUAAAUGAUCA